AUGGACUCGAAUGGUGAUGUCAUGAAGCAUGGAGAGAGUAUAAAACUUGUGACGUCUUUACGUACAUCUUGUCACAAAACAAGCCACCAGUCGAAUAAAAUUUCUAAUGAUGAUGAUUUGCGAGUUAAAAAUAAAACAAACAUAUAUCUUAAUUGGAAUGCAGAAAAUUCUAAAUGUUAA